AUGCUACGCUCCAAACCACCAGCUUUCGUCGAAGAGCCCCAGCCUCUGCCGAAUGUAUCGACGGAUGAUCUGCCUAUCACCAGUAUGGACGACCGCAAAGUCGCGAUAGGAUGGGAUACGAGAACAUGGUCUCGAUUUCAUCAUAUAUGGCUUCGUGAUCAUUGUCGAUGUGAACGAUGCUUUCAUGCGGCCACGAAACAGCGGCUCGUAAACACUUUCGAUAUACCUGCCGAUAUCAGGCCACUGUCUGUUGAGUCCAGGCCGGAUGGACUACAGGUGAUCUGGCCGGCACAUGUUUCUGUCUACCCGUGGUCGUGGCUACAAGAAAAUUCGUAUGAUCCUCCACUUCGCAAGACAGAACCAUUAUCUGGAAAAAUACUAUGGGGUGCGAAAAUACAGCAAUCGCCGCCGGCAGUUACCUACGAGGAAGUCAUGGCAAACGACGAACUUGGUCUCUUUCGAUGGCUAUCCAACGUUGACAAGUUUGGAUUUUCAUUCGUAUCGGAUGUUCCGCAGACUACAGAAGCGACGGAAAAGCUCUCGGAGCGCAUCGGCUUCAUCCGCGAGACCCAGUAUGGAAAAUUCUGGGACUUUACCUCCGACCUUGCAAGAGGCGACACGGCAUACACCACAUUGGCACUUGGUGCCCACACUGAUAACACCUAUUUUACUGAUCCCUGUGGUCUACAACUAUUCCAUCUCCUUUCACAUACUGACGGCUCCGGUGGUGCAACGCUACUCGUAGACGGAUUCUACGUUGCUUCGAUCCUGAAAGAACUCCAUCCCGAAGCUUACUCGCUACUCUCUCAUGUACCUGUUCCAGCGCACGCUGCGGGAGAGGCCGAACACUUAUAUCACGCCUCACGCCCUGUCCUGAAUCACGAUCUCGCUACAGGCGAGCUUUCCCAAGUACGCUGGAACAACGAUGAUCGGAGCGUCAUGAACCAUCUUGAUCCACUCGUCGUUGAUCAGUGGUAUGAUGCUAUCAGAAAGUGGAACAAAAAUUUGACAAGCCCAGACUCAGAGUACUGGGUCCAACUGACGCCUGGAACAGCUGUUGUGGUCAAUAACCACCGUGUCCUUCAUGGGCGUUCAUCGUUUGAUGGCAAGCGACGUAUGUGCGGUGCGUACAUAGGUAUCGAUGAGUAUAACUCCAAAUUCGCUGUCUUGAAAGACAAAUUCUGUCCCGAUACAAGGCUUGACAUUGCUACUACACCCAAGAAUUCGGUUCGUAGUGUAUGGAACCCCUUCCUGUGA